AAAUGUAGGACAAGAUUAAUGUAAUCAAAUAUUAUAAAUCCAUGAAAGAAGCUCAAACAUAUCACUCUUUUCCACCAUUUCCUCCCUUUUGUUCUCUGGGUCUUGAACAUCAGGUUAGCCCUGAACACUCAGCUCAAGAUUUCUUUUGUUAUUUUUCAUUUCAUGUGAUGUGGUGAAUGCUAUAAGUUCUUGCAUGGCGGACUCGGACAACGAAUCUGGAGGACAUAACAACAACAAUGCAAACAGUGAGUCCUCAUCGCUGAAAGAGCAAGACAGGUUCUUGCCAAUAGCGAACGUUAGCAGGAUCAUGAAGAAAGCUUUACCAGCUAAUGCAAAGAUUUCAAAGGAUGCUAAAGAGACAGUUCAGGAGUGUGUGUCAGAGUUCAUAAGUUUCAUCACCGGAGAAGCCUCUGAUAAGUGUCAAAGGGAGAAGAGGAAGACGAUCAACGGUGAUGAUCUUUUGUGGGCCAUGACUACUCUAGGUUUUGAAGAGUAUGUUGAGCCCUUGAAGAUUUACUUGCACAAGUUCAGAGAAAUGGAAGGAGAGAAGACUGCUGGUAUGGGUGGUGGUAGUAGCAGCAGCAGGCCAAGUGAGAGAGAGUAUGGUGGUGGUGGUGAUGGCAGUUCUGUGAAUACUGGGAAUUCUGAGGGUAUGUUUGGAGGCGGUGGGUUAUAUGGUGGGAUGAUGAUGAUGGGGCAACAACAUCAGCAUCAGCAUCAUCAUCAGCAUCAGCAAGGGCACCUAUAUGGAUCUGGUGGUGGAGCAUCCUCUGCUCCAUUUAUAUCAUUAUCCCACCUUCGCUGCCAGCUCCCAAAUGCAUUUUUCAUUGCUUGAGGAGAAUGAAUCAUGCGAAGAAAGAAGGCAGCGAAAUACCGUCACCGCUUGUUCUAGCAACUCCGGAUCCUGUUGUCACUCGCCACCACCGUCAAUAUCAGCCUUCCUAUUAAUAUAAGCUUGUUUGGUAUUAAGUGGAUUCAGAGGGUUGGUGAUGGUAACAGCAUUAAGUGGUUGUAAUUGUAGUAUUGUAUUUAUCAAACUUUGUUAUUUUGAUUAUUCAGUAUUCAAGUUGGAUAGUCUCCCUCUUAGAAUCGGUUUGGUCGAGUUGUUCUUGGAUAGCCUUCAUUUUAAAAACUGUUUGAUCAAGCUGUUGUCUGUAAUUGAUAACUGAUAGCUAUAUUUAGUAGAUUAUUAUUAAUUGUUAUUGAUAAAAUAUCUAAUUAUCGAUAUAAAAAAUAAAUUAAAAUUCUAAUUGAA